AUGCUGUGGCUGCUGUUCCUCACCCUCCCUGGUCUGGGGAGCACAGUACCUGUGACUCCUGACCUCGGUUCAGGACAGGAGUUGGUUGGCAUCGUUGGGGGCUGCCCUGUCUCAGUCAGUCGGUUCCCAUGGCAGGUCAGCCUGAGGUUCUACAGUAUGGAGUACAGAAAAUGGGAACACAUCUGUGGGGGCUCACUCAUCCAUCCUCAGUGGGUGCUGACUGCUGCCCACUGUGUGCAGCCGAAAGAACUGGAGGCUUGUGGCUUUAGGGUCCAAGCUGGACAGCUGAGGCUCUAUGAAAACGACCAGCUGAGAAAAGUGGCCAGGAUCAUCCGCCACCCCAAGUUCAGUGAGAAGCUGUCUGUUGCGGGGGGUGCAGACAUUGCUCUGCUGAAACUGGACACCCCAGUUGUACUGUCUGAGCAUGUCCACCCUGUCUCCCUCCCUGCUGCUUCCCAGAAGGUCUCUUCAAAGAAGACCUGCUGGGUGACUGGCUGGGGUGUCAUCGAGAACAACAUGCCGCUGCCUCCACCCUACCACCUGAGGGAAGUGGCAGUCCCCAUUGUGGAAAACAAUGACUGUGAGCAGAAGUACCGGGCCAAUUCUUCUUGGAACAGCAACACCAGGAUCAUCAAAGAUGACAUGCUUUGUGCUGGGACGCAGGGCCGGGACUCCUGCAAGCAAGACUCCGGAGGCCCCUUGGUGUGCAGGUGGAACUGCUCCUGGGUCCAGGUGGGUGUGGUCAGCUGGGGCAGAGGCUGUGGACUUCCUGAUUUCCCUGGUGUAUACACCCGAGUGAUGAGCUACGUGUCCUGGAUCCAUCGCUAUGUCCCCGCGUUCCCAGAACCCUCGAUGGAGCCAGAUGGGGUUCAUACAACGCAAGAAACCAUAACAACUCUUGAUGACCCUGUCACUCCUCCUGCUGGUCCAGCCUCACCCUGUUAA